AUGGGAGAGAUGGAGGCUCCAGCUCCGUUGGCGAAGAAAACGACAACCUCUAUGUCCAGAAGACUUUGCGGGUACAGCGUACAGCAGCUGUCAUUCGGCAUUCGUGACACGCGCGCAUUCCCUCCCUCUUCGCUCCGCAUCAGGGAACCAAAAAAAAAAAAAAAACGCGGGACUGGUACACACCGCCGUAGAUUGCAAGCCCAGCAAGGGCUACUGCUGUACACCCCAGCAGAAAUCAUGUCUCAGGAGUCUUCCGCACCAGGGGUCGAUGAUCCUGCACGGCACCACGGCCCUGGACAGAGGGGGGAGGAGGAGGACGAAGAAAGCGACGAAGUAAUAUUUUCGUGCCGGCUGGACAACGCAAAGUCGAUCACCACAAUCCUCUCCUGCCUUAGCCACGGAACCCGCAAGGACCAGCAGGCCCAGUGCGAAGUGACGAAGGAGUCGAUGACCCUCGUGGUUUCGGGAAGAGCCAAGUACACCCAGGCGCAGGGGUCCCUAGACAGCAGCCUGUUCCAGGAGUACGACUGCGUCGAGGGCGCCAAGUUCGGCAUCAACCUCACCACGCUGCUGGAGUGCCUGCAGAUCUUCGGUCCCGGCUCUCUCGCCCAGACGAGCGUCAGCAUGGCGUACCAGGAGGCUAGAGCGACGUUCCGCCUUACCCUGGAAGAGGGCGGGGUGUUCACGAGCUGCGAGAUAAGAACCAUCCACCAGGACGAGGAAGCCAUGGAAUUCUCGACCCUAGCCAAGGCGUUCGGCAGGAGCAAAGAGGUCUGCCGCUGCAUCCUCAAGUCAGAAAUUCUCAAGGAAGCGUUUCAAGAGCUGGCCGACUUGAACGGCGCUACGAGCGUAUCGGUGACCUUCGGGCAGGAGGCUCCGCAUCUUCAGCUCUCCGCCAAGGGCUCCAACGGCUCCAGCGAGAUCGACUUCCCGAAGAGCUCGGAGGCCUUCGUGUGCUUCGAAUGCACCGCGAGGAGGGUAUCGUGGACCUACCUCAUGACCGGCAUGGAGACCGGCAUGCGUGCUCUAGGGCACGCCAACGAGACGUACUUCAGAGUCAACGAGGAGGGCAUCCUCUGCAUACAACAUCAGAUCCCCAUGAGCAUGGGGCAGACCAGUUUCGUGGACGUGUUGCUGUGCCCGGACAUCCAAGAAAUGGACAUGGACGAAGAGCAGGAGGAGGAGGAGGAGGAAGACCAAGACGGGAGACAUACCAUGGAAGAAUAGGGAAGUGGGCUUGUCUGAUUUGCUGCGUUAUUGUGGCGAACCCUUGCAGACACCAGUAGCAGCAGUAGCAGCAGCAGCAGCAGUAGCAGCAGCAGUGUUCAGACUUCUCCACCCAAGAUUGUGGGCCCCAUGCUGCAUGUGAAAAGACCGUGCAUUGGUCACACGCCAAAUCGGCGUUGCAUUUGCCAUACGAUCAUGAGAGCUAGCACCACUGUUGUGGUGACACAGAGAUCGGUAGCUGCACUUUUUGACGAACCGUUCGGUGAUUCCGGUGGAGAAGCCUUGUUUCGUGCGUGCGUACAACACUCCCCGGCUUCUGCGCGUGAAUCCUAAAAGUUGUUUGCUCGUUUAGCUGGGAGCUGUGGAAGGGAAUGAUUUCCCCUUCCCUGUCUCUCUCUCCCGCUUCCCCCAGGCGGUGUCGGGUUGUGUUCCCUCGUUGUAAAUAAACCGAUCAUGGCCAAUAGGCUUAGUCUACAGUGGUGUCAAAUGGAAGAUACGCAAGGGGAUGCUAGAGUAUUGUCCCUGACCGGGCAAUCCCUCCCCGCUUCGGGGCAAGCAUAUCUGACGAUCCCAAAGCUGUUUUGACUGUUUAGAGAUGAGCGCAUAAUGGGAGCAUACGUGCCAGUCACUGCUGCUCCGUCCGUCUGCCCUCUCUGUAGCAUGAAGAUUGGUGGCCGGAGAGGUUGGCUCUCUGGCAUUAAGGUUGCCAUGUCAUCGUACCCGUUGACAAUCCCGUCUGGAACCUGAGCGCUGCUCCAUGCCAACCACGGCAGGAGACACCUCCAGCGUUUGCGCGCUGCUGUGGGGUUUGGGCGGGUUUAGGUCGUUCACUUUUUUUUUUUUUGCGAGGAAGAGAUGUGGCGGGGGUUGUUCGCGUCCCCGAUGUAUGUGCGUGUCUGUUCUUGUUUUGCUAGGGUAUUUGUCUGUUUCUUUGUUGGUUAAGGACUGGCGAAACGCUUGUAGCAAGGAAGGGUGUUUGCUGUGACUGUUCUUCUCAUCCGUGGGGGCCCGGCGGGGAGAGAGGGUUAUCCUGCCCUUGCCCCAGCCAGUCAAGGUGGAAUG